UUAAAACGUGCAAGCAGAAUCUAAUCCGAUUAUUACUUUAAAACGUGCAAGCGGAAUCUGAAUAUUAUUAGUUUGAAACGUGCAAGCAGAAUCUAAUCUGAUUAUUACUUUAAAACGUGCAAGCGGAAUCUGAAUAUUACUAUUAGUUUAAAACGUGCAAGCAGAAAUUGAUUAAAUCGAACCAUGUCUUUGCAAUCAAUUAUUGCGUCCUUUACGGAUGACGAGGAAAUUGACGAAUGGGUAGCCGGAGACGAUAGUGUUGAGCUAAAAGGAUACGUGGAUGCGAUUGAGGGAACAAAGUUGGUAACAUCAGCGAAAUAUCCGUUGGCAAAGCCUGUUCCGCUUUACAAGAUCAUCAUCAAUAACGCGGCGCAAAAACGUGUGCGUGUAGUGUUCUGGGGGGCAGAUGUCACAAAAAACUCACCGCUAAUUCAUGACGGAACUAUUAUUGAGCUGAAACGCGCUAAAGUAACGGUCGGGAAUCCACAAUUUAAUAAUCCGAUGCACCGUAUAGAACCCUUAGAGCUAUACAUCACAACAGUAACAAAAAUUACCUUUUUUGAAGAAAAGUAUGUCCGCCAAGCUAUACCAGUCCAGAUUCUGGAUAUGCCACUGAUAUAUUAUAAAGAACUAGAAGCGACAGUCCAUGCCCAAGGUUAUUUGAAGCAGGAAUUUGAUCCCAUCAAAUCAUAUGGGACAACGACCGGUGCCGGUGUUAUUGUUGACGGUGAAACCAAACUGCCGGUCCGAAUCAAAAAUUUCGAUGCCUUAUCUACUCGAAUCCCACGGGGGACUUUCCUCCAAGUCGUUGGAGUUGUUACUACUAAUACCACUGGACCGCCUUAUCUGACUGUGGAGUCAAUGGCCGAUGUUAAAAUUUGCGAGGAAGUCGCGGUAUUGUCUUCUGAUGUACUGAGUCCGAUGGGCCGACGUCCUCCUAGCAAGAGAAGAGGCGAUUUUGAUUCUGAGGUUUUGGAAGAGGCAAAGCUUGCCAAGAAGAUGGAAUAAAUCCAAAACUCCACGCGGCUUAUCGACUUAUACUUUUUUUUUCUUUUAUAAAUUUUUUAAUCAUUUAACUUUUUUAAUGACAUUUAUAUAUCGUAGAUUGGGCUACAAAAAGUUUCUUUUUUUUCACUAUUUUUGUUCU